AUGGCUGUCGGUAAAGGAACGCCGGCAAACUGUGGGAACAGAUUAAUUCCCCAGAUUUUGGACGACGUCGCCUCUGCUGAGCCUGAUCGCAUCAUUUACUCUUGGGCCAGGUCCUCGGACCUGUCGCAGGGCUUCCGCCAUGUAUCUGCUCGUGCCUUUACAAAAGCGAUCGACAAGACGGCCUGGCUACUUCAGCGGGAGCUAGGAGUGACGUCGGAGAUCCGCGCCGUGGGUUAUAUCGGACCUCAUGAUCUCCGACAGAUCCUGUUGACAUUCGCCUAUAUCAAAGCCAAUUGCGCUGUUCCUUCACUCUGUUUGUCUAACAUAUUCCUACAGGGCUUGUUCCUCUCUCCAAAGAAUAGCACCGAGGGCGCUCUAGCCGUUCUCGAGGCGGCAAAUUGUAACAUCUGGGUCAACCCCGCUGGUGAGAGGCCAACACAUCUCGUGAAUGACUUUUUACAGCAACGCCCCAUGCAUGUCAUGGAGCUGCCCAAGCUGGAUGAGCUUCUUCCUGAUGAUGAGAGCGAGCUGGAAAAUGUGGAGCCGUUUCCUUACACCAAGCGCUGGGAAGAUGCGAUAAACGACACGUUCUGCAUCCUCCAUACAUCGGGCUCAACCGGCCUGUCGAAGCCCAUCUCGUGGACACACGGGCUGAUUGGUACUGUGGACGCUGUCCGGAUGCUGCCCCCUCAUGACGGUAUGGAGCCCUGGGCGAAAGGGUGGGAUGAUGGCGACACGCUAUACUCGACAUUCCCAUUGAGUCACGGAGCGGGGAUUUUGAUGGACGUGGUCAUAUCGCCGCUGUUUGGACUACACUGCGUCCUCGGGCCUCGGGACGUGAUACCCAAUCUGGAACUCAUAUCGUCCCUGGCGGACCACAUCAAGAUCGACAUCUGGAGCAUGAUUCCUUCGCUCACUGACGAGCUUGGCGAAGCCCCCGACAUCUUGCCAAAACUAAGCAGGUCAAAAUUCAUCUGCGCUUCGGGAGGACCCGUGAGCAAUGUUUUAGGCUCCAAAGUGAACGAGUUUGUUCGUGUUCUGAACCUGACCGGUACGUCGGAAGGUUUGUUUAUUGGCAACCUGUGGGUAGACAGACAGGAUUGGCACUGGUUUGCCUUUCACCCUUGGUCCGGUUUCGAGUUUAAGAUGGUUGAGCCCGGUCUUUACGAACAGUGGAUCCAUCGCAACGAGCACGCGGAGUUCUUUCAAGGUCUCUUUCAUACCUUUCAAGAUGUGAACAGUUUCAACUUUAAGGAUCUGUAUGUUCAGCACCCAACUAAGCCGGGUCUAUGGGCGUCUCACGGCCGUAGCGAUGACGUUGUGGUGCUUUCGAAUGGAUACAAGAUCUCGCCCCUCGAUACGGAGGCCCUCGUCACAUCCCACCCAGCUGUUGAUGGCUGUCUGAUGAUCGGAUCGGGCAAGCCACAAGCCGGCCUCCUUAUCGAGCUGAAAGACCCAACCAUCAAAAGGGACGGUGAUGAUGCUGAAGCGCUCUUUAGCAGCAUCUGGGCCGUGGUCGAAAGGGCUAACUCCCUCUCUCUGCAUAAGGACCAGCUGCACCGAGACUUUAUUGCCUUUUCUGAAGCAGGGAAGCCAUUCAUCCGUACCGACAAGCGCACUAUCAAACGUCGGGCUACCAUGGCGCUGUACGCCGACUACAUCGAGCGUUUCUACCAGUCGCGUGGGGAGGAUGACAACGACGCCGAAGUUGCGGCGCUUGGGCUGCUGACAAUCGACACAGCAUCCUUGGACUCGACCGCCCGCGCGGUUCGGCAUAUACUGGCUUCGAUCGUGCCUGCGGUCAAAGACGCUCCAGUGGAUGCUAAUCUUUUUACUCUUGGGUUCGACUCUCUGCUUGUGUUCAAGGCUACUAAGGCGGUAGCGGCGGUUACAGACUUGGGAGGCAUAUUUCUACCAAGAAACUUCUAUGCUGGGCCGACAGUUAAGGCGAUUACCGCCACUGUCGUGCGAUUGGCUGCCGAGCGUAGAGUCACGACAGCAAAUGGCACUAUUACCUCGCCGUCGACCGAGCAGCAGCAACAGGAUGCACAGGAAGCCAAGAUCAGAGCACUGAUGAACCGACACAAGGCUCUUCUAUCCUCCAAGCUGGGCCCAAUGGACCUCUUCGGCGGAAAUAUGUAUGAGGGGAUUAAUGUUUUCAUUCCCCUCUGUCCAAGCGUCUCGUUCGAGCAGGCGUACAAAGUGCUCCAGCGAGGUCUGGUUCGCGCCAUGGAGAUUGUGCCGGCUCUCGCGGGCAAAGUGAUACCCUGUUCGGAGCACGAGAUUGGAUACAAGAAGGGAGAUGUUCGCAUCAGUCUGCCUCCACUGCCCUCAACGGCCUUGGGUACCUCUCCCUCCGACGAGCCAAAACAAUUGCGCUUCCGCGACCUCUCGUCCCUCGUGCCAUCCUACGCUGAGCAGCGCGCCUCUGGAUUCUUGACUUCGGCUUACCCUGACGAGCUCCUGACUACGUGUCCCUCUUUUCCCGACCUGCCCACGGAUGUGCUCAACGUACAGGCCAAUUUCGUCGAGGGCGGCUGCGUGCUGGCCUUUAACGUUCAUCAUCAUGCGUUUGAUGGCAUUGGCAUGUUGAUCGCGCUGACGGUAUGGGCAGAAUGCUGCCGGUUCGUCCAAGGCGAUCAGUCUGCGACUUCCGAGUGGCUGCACCCAGAGAGUCUCAAUCGUGACAUGCUAUCUAUCUUGUAUGAGCUGGAGGGGUUCGCGAAGCCGGCGUCUGAGGUCGACCCAAGAGUUUGGGGUUUCUUGCCAUAUGCCGAUCCGGCGCUGAAGCGCAAGCAGCAGGAGAAAGAGGAAGACACAGACAUGACAGAGGCAGCCGCGGUCAACGGACAUGUCACUGAGCCCAACAUUAAGAGGGCCCGUUUGUCUCGCCAUCUGCCUAAGCCGCCUCGCCUCCCCAACUGUGAGCAUUGGCCGCCCGCGCCGCGGGCGGAUGGUCGAACGUUGGCGGCGUCGACCUUCGUCAUCUCGGCCGAGAAGCUUGAGAGACUCCAGAAGAGUGUCGAGCUUGCCGAAGCUGCGGAUCCGGAAAGUCAAAGUCUUAGCAAGGAGUCGGGGUCGCUAUCUCUCGGCGAUGUGUUGCAAGCCUUCUUCUGGCGCGCCGCCGUCCGGGCCCGUCGACGUGCCGAGGACUCCUCCCCUGAUGACAUGUCCAUCAUCGAGAUGCCCACUGACGUCCGGCCCUACUUCAGUUCGCACCUCCCGCCAACAUACAUGGCCAACUGUGUCAUUAUGAACCGGCAGCACAUGUCCAUCUCGGAGCUCUGCUCUUCUCAGACAUCCCUUUACAAAAUUGCCCAAAUCUGCCGCGAAGCGCGUACUCGAGUCGAUCAAGAGCUUGUCCACGAUGCCUUCAGUCUACUACAUACAAUUCAAGAUAACAGCCCAGGAAACCAUACGACGGCGUUCCUAGGCCAGGGCAUCCAGGACGGCCCACACUCGCUCUUCAAUAACAUGAUGCUCUUCCAAGCUAGCGAUAUUGGGCCUUUCGGUGGUGAUAUUUUUGAAGCGCCCGAGGCAGUGAGGGUUCAGAUGGAUUGGCUGAAUAAAGCGUUCAGGAGUCUCUUCAUUUUGCCGAUGAGAAAGGAUGGCGGUGUCGAGUUGCUGCUGGGGACCUUACCUGAGGAACUGGAUGCGAUGAAGAAUGAUCACGAGUUUAUGCAGUUUGCUGAGUUUCUGGGAUAG